UUUUUUGAUCAUUUUUCAUUAUUUUAUGGAGCGGAAGAUUUGGCCGAAUAGAGCCAUUAUUGAGUUUGUUCAUACAGCUAUGAGCGCUUCACAAACUGCAGCAAGUGAUGUUAUACCGCGUGGGGUUCGUGGCGAAUUCUCUCGAAUUAUUACAAUAAGUGCUAAUGAGUCCACUGAAGAAAACAUGAUGGCGACAACUAGUGGAUCAGCAUGAUUGGUAUUUUCUAAAGAAAUUAUGGAAUUAGGAUUUGUCAGUAAAAAAAUUAGGAUAUUUUUAAAAUUUAUUAUUAACCUGAUUUUGUAGCGUUUUGCAUUUAAAGUACGCACCUCCACGUUCGAAAUGUGUGGAGUUGAACCCGUGCACGGUUUUGCCUUCCAUUUAUA